UGACAGCUAGAGGUGCAGACAUGCUGCUGAAGAGUGGGUUUCUUUUGCUUCUUGUUUUGGUUUCAUCUGCAUAUGAAACAAAUCAAGAACCUGCGCAACCAAGGCGAGCUCGAUUCUCAGUCAACAGCCCUACUGAUGUUGCCCGCUGCCUGAACGGUGCUCUCCAGGUGGGCUGCGCAACCUUCGCCUGUCUGGAGAAUUCCACCUGCGACACAGACGGCAUGCAUGAAAUCUGCAACGCCUUCUUCCACACAGCUGCAAUUUUCAAUACAGAGGGUAAAACCUUUGUGAAAGAAAGCAUCAAAUGCAUUGCCAACGGCAUCACCUCUAAGGUUUUCCAGACCAUCAGACGCUGUUCCACCUUCCAGAAGAUGAUCGCAGAAGUGCAGGAAGAAUGCUACAAGAAGCUUGACAUCUGUGAAGUGGCCCGAUCCAAUCCUGAGGCCAUUGGGGAUGUGGUCCAGGUGCCCAGCCAUUUCCCAAACAGGUACUACAGCACACUUUUGGAGAGCUUAAUGGAGUGCGACGAUGAUACUGUUGAGGUGGUGCGAGCCGGGCUGGUGUCCAGACUGGGGCCCGACAUGGUCACCCUCUUCCAGCUGCUUCAGAACAAAGCCUGCCCGUCCGAACCAGCUGCAGCGGGGCCUUCUAGGAUUGAGGGCCACACCGGCUUCCGCUGGCCCCCCAUGUUUAAGAUUCAGCCCAACCUCAGCAACAGGGAUCCCACUCAUCUCUUCGCCAGGAAACGCUCAAUUGAAGGGAGCUCUUAGGGUGGCAUGCAUUUAUGCCCACUGCUGCAUAUUCAGUAACAUGAUUGUUAAAGGUUUCCAUUUGCGCUGUCAUGCAUAUAACUGGAGGAUGGUAAUUAGUGAUUAGUGCAUUAGUAAUUAAUGUAUUUGAGUAUAUAAUGGGACAUAAUCUUUGCUUAAUUAACAGAAACCAACAAUUUCUUGAUUGCAUUGCAUUAAAUUUACCACCCAAUGUCAUUUAUUGCAUAUUAACGUUUGAGACUCCCACUAUUUAAUUGUUUUAAGAUUAUGACCUUGUUGUGGAUUUGGAAAAUUAUGCAGGAGAAGCCAAAUCAGAUGCACCAGAUUUUGAAAAAGGAGACCUGACACGUUUAUCAAAUUGUAGUUG